UCCACAGCAGCUGGCUGUGGUAUCACACAGCCCACACACGCCAGGAGGCCACACACUCUCUUUUCUUCAAUUGGUCACCUUGUUGUCACUGACCACUAGACCACAAGGUGGACCUUCAUGAUGACCACUGCACACCAGGCAGUGACCACUUAGAACUUAUUGAGAUUUAGAUGGUGACAUUAUGCUGUACUUUUAGGAACACUAUGACUGUGAGAUGUUGUGUGCUGGAGGUGGUAUUGGGGGUGUGCUUUUUCACCUCAUCCCUACAUGCUGUCACCAGUGAGCUGCCUGACCCUAUAAACCCCAUCCCUGACCCCAGGGAUAACACAGGUAGACCUACAUGGGACCCAGGGACAGUCUCUACCCUCAGGCCCACUCAAGACCCAUGGCCUGUUCCAACCCACCAGUUAACCCGGGACUCAGGGUCGGUCUCCACCCACCAGCCAAAGGAGGUAUCUGUCCAUAGUCAUCCUGAAUUCAUCAAAUUAUCAUCAAAGACAGACUUUUUGAUGAGGAAAUUAAGACAACUAGAGAAAGACCGCGAUUCUGACAGAGAUAAGAUGAAGGUACUUGAACGUCGCAGUAUAGAGAACAAUGAUGAUGCUAUCAGAGCAUUGGCCUCCAGUAUGGAGCUUCAACACCAUGUCUCUGAGAUACAAGAUCGCCUCACACAGCUUGAGGAAAAUGUGGACAAUUACCGCCUCAACAUGAACAAUAUGCGCUUCGAACAGGAACAGAUAAAAAUGGAGCUAGAUACGUACAGAAAACUGAAGGAUAGCACUAGGCGGUCUUUCCGUAAGCUUGAUCGACAAUUUGGUAAAUACUCUCUGCGAUUUGAAAAUCUUGAGAAUGAUAUAAAAAAUGUUUCUUCAAGUGUGGACAUUGUAUUAGAAAUGUUUGAGGGAAAGAUGAAUGAUAACCUAGCCAAGGUACAAAGUCUUGAACAGCUUAUAGAAAACCGAACAAAACCAUUCUUCGAAGAAAACUUUCGUCAUAUUAAAUCACGGAUGAAUAGAUUGGAGAAUAAUAUUACCUUUCCAAGAUCAACAAUACAAUUAGUGUCAAAUGAUGAAGGAUCUGGUGACAUAGAAACAGACUACAUUCUAACUCCAUUAGAGGAGAGUUCUAACCGCAUUGAAACAGGAAGCGGGGAAGAGAUUUUAAAGGAAAUCCCGUUGGGAAUCCUACCUCAUGGCCAUCCACAAUACCUCAACACUGAAGAUUUUAUACUUGAGAUUCAAGACCGUGAUGAAGAGAUAUCAGACCUUCAGAAGAUGGUUAAUGAGCUGAAGGCAAGUCUGUCCAGUGUGCAGACAAGACUCACCUCAAUCCAAUUGGGAGAUUUUAUGGGAAAGUUGCAGGAAUCACUGCUGAACUUCACCCAAAAUGUCAUCACCCUUGACCAGUGGAAGAUGGCGAGUACAGACAUCGUCAACUCUACACAGAUAAACCAGCAUCAGAUCAACUCACUCACCAACAUGAUACUCAACAACACCAACCAUGUGCGAGAUGUCGAGUGGAAGGUUGCAGACGUUCAGUCGCUUGGAUACCAACAAUUCAAUUUGCUGCGAAUGUAUGUCAUUCAGCUCAACAAUUCAGUACAAGACAUGAAGGAAACCAUGUCAAACCUGCGCAAAACCCAACAACAACAAGUUAAAGUGAAUAGUGAACUGCCAAGGCAGACUAUUGAUAAUGUAUUGCAUCCCGACUUGGAACAUUUAGACACGUUAAAAUCUCGUGUCGAGGAUCUCUCACUUCAGAUCAUUUAUAACGAAAACAGGAUAUCUAAACUGGAGAUCCAGGUUUUGAACGAGUCAUUAUAUGAGUGUAGAAAAUACAACACAGAUAAUGAUCAGGAUGCAAAGAUAACGCAGGUCAAACAGGAAGUAUCCAAACUUAUUGAGACUGAGGUCAUGGUCAAGGAAAUGCUUAAGAGACUUGACCGUGGCCUGUUCCGUGUCCACCUAACCAACAACAACCAAUCAGAUGUCAUUAAAGACAUCGUUCGGGAAAUACAACAUCUCAGCAGCAACGUUACUGUUGUAAACGAGCUUGAACAGGAAGUGGACCACGUCAAGUUCAUGUUACCCAGAGAUUGUGAGGAUUACUAUAAGCGUGGUUAUCGUCUGUCUGGAUUGUAUGUGAUCCAUCCUAUCAAUGCCUCACGCUCAAUCAAAGUCAGCUGUGAUAUGGAGGAUCGGUCUGGUGGUUGGACAGUGAUACAGCGUCGGUUCGAUGGGAGUGAAGAGUUUGCUCGAGGUUGGGAGGAUUACAAAGUCGGCUUCGGCUCCACUGAAAGUGAGUUCUGGCUCGGCAAUGACCUAAUUCACUCACUCACCUAUCACAAAAAUCUAUCGCUCAAGAUAGAUAUGGUGGAUGUGGAUGAUGUUUACUGGACUGUCACCUACUCGCACUUCAGCAUUGGUAACGAGGACAGUAAAUAUAAGCUGUAUGUGGAUGGUUACCAAGGUAACGCUACAGACUCCCUUGAGUACUCGGAUGAGAUGGGGUUUAGUACUCCAAACCAGGAUAACGACGGCAGUAGUACUAAUUGUGCCAUGUACUACACGGCUGGCUGGUGGUACAAACACUGCCACUUCAGUAACCUUAAUGGACGUUACGACCUUGGUAUGGUCUGGUAUAACUACGACAAGGGCGAGUGGAUUCAACUCAAACGCGCCAGCAUGAAGGUCAAAGAAUUUGUUGUAUGACAGCACCAGUCACAGAUUUGUGUGACAAUGAAUUGUAUAGUUUAAAUUACACUGCAUGUAUGUAGGCAUCACCACAACAGACAUCAUUGGGAGUCAGAGUAAACAUCACUGUGUCACAGUAAACAUCAAGUAAGUAGACAUCACUGUGUUUCAAAGUGGACAUCAUUGGGAGUCAGAGUAAACAUCAUUGUGUGUCACAGUUAACAUCACUGUGUGUAAAAGUAAACAUCACUGUGUCACAGUAAACAUCAAGUAAGUAGACAUCACUGUGUUUCAAAGUGGACAUCAUUGGGAGUCAGAAUAAACAUCAUUGUGUGUCACAGUUAAAAUCACUGUGUGUAAAAGUAAACAUCACUGUGUCACAGUAAACAUCAAGUAAGUAGACAUCACUGUGUGUCAAAGCAGAUAUCACUAUGUGUCAGUGUAAAUAUCACUGUAUGUCAAGUAGGCAUCAUUGUGUGUCAAAGUUGACAUCAAUGUGUUAGAGUAAACAUCAAUGAGUGUCACAGUUAACAUCAUCAUAUGUCAUAGUGGGCAGCAUCAUGCAUCAGUUUACACAUUAAUUGUCUUGAUCAAAAUGUUCAAACGAAUUAAAUGGAAUACCCAUAUCA